GUAGGAAUCUCUGUUAGCUUUAGCAGUUUCGUUUCGUAAUUUUCCUGUUCUAAUUGAAAAAGAGGGCGUAUUUCUCUAAUUUUAAUUUCAAAUAUUACAUACUUACCUACGCUAAUUAUUAUGUUCCAUAACUUUUGGAUCUAUUACGUUGUUUAGCUGUCCGUAAACUAGUUUCUUCGUGUGAACUGUGUGUUAGUUUCCAGCCCAAAACUUGGUCUCUGGUAGCAAGCAAUUAUUAUGACAUGACAGCACGUCAAAUCACACAGCGUCCAAGAUUUUCAAUUGAAAAGGGCGUGAUGAUUUUAACAGUAGUUUAAGAUAUCUGGGCUGCCCUGUACACGGGUUAGUCAUACGCGUAAGUGAGCGAAGUAUUCAGUAGGUUCGUCCGGUGGAAAGAUAGUAGGUCGUGUAGGCGUUUCGGUAUGUGGUACAACCAGGCUGUGUUAUGAAUGAGGAGGCACUGUUGGCACGGGCUUCCGAGGAGCGGGAGCGCAUAUUCCAGCGAUACGAGCGGGGUCGAGAGAACCUUGUCGGCCAAAUCGAUCCUUGGGAGGACCCCGAGUUUGAGGAGUACCACAAAACUGAUCGAUAUGGAUUCAUACACGAUGAGCGCUUGCCGCAGAAAACAGGGCCCCAAAAAGUCAAUAUUGAAGUGGAACGGGAGAAAAAAUGGGUCAAAAUGCUUACUAAUUGGGACUCACCAGCCACCAAAGAAAAACUCCAUAGGCGAAUAUACAAAGGCAUUCCAAAUUCACUUCGAAUAAAAGUAUGGUGCAAGUUGAUGGAUGUUAAUAGAAUAAAAUCUGCUAACCCUGGAAAAUUUCAAGAAAUGUUGAAACUGGCCAAGUUAUGGUCCACCGAUGUAAGGCAAAUAGAUUCCGAUGUGAACAGACAGUUUCGUGAACAUCAGUUUUAUAGAGAACGGUACUCAGAAAAACAAUGUUCAUUAUUCAAUGUACUUUGUGCUUAUAGCAUGUAUAACUCUGAAGUUGGUUACUGCCAAGGCAUGUCUGGUCUGGCCGGAGUCCUGCUCAUGUACAUGGAUGAAGAAGACGCCUUCUGGGCGCUGGCCGUACUGUUGUCAGAUAAGAAAUAUGCCAUGCAUGGAUUAUACAUAGAAGGAUUUCCUAAACUAACACGGUUCCUUGAGCACCAUGACAAAAUACUCACAAAGUUUAUGCCGAAACUGAAACAUCAUUUUGACAAGUUCGGUCUAGACGCCAUUCUUUAUUCCCUGAAAUGGUUCUUUGUUUGUUUUGUCGAAAGAGUGCCAUUUAGCCUUUGUCUCAGGGUUUGGGACAUAUAUCUGUUAGACGGAGAGCGGGUGGUCACAGCUAUGGCUUAUACAAUACUCAAGCUACACAAGAAAGCAAUCAUGAAGUUAAAUGAUAUGGAUCUUAUUGUAAAUUAUAUUCAGGUUAAGCUACAUAAAGACUUUAUGUUUGAAGACGAUAUAGUAAUUUAUCAUUUGGAGAGAUCGAUGGAAGAGCUGAAACGAGCCAAGCUCGACUACCCAGGUCCGCCACCGCCCAACGAGCUGCCGAAGCGCCAACUUGGCAUGUUUGUGGAGCCCGACAAAAAAUCCAAGAUUGGACAGCGGGCUGAAAAUUUUUCCGAGACUGAAAAACAGGCUAGAGCAACUGUGAUAUUGAGACGCGAAAAAGCCGCAAUGGAAUUGCAGGAGCUUCGUGUUUCCCAGAGCGAUACAGUGUCAGAACACUCCGGAGUUGCGGGGGGCAUUCGGUGUGACGAGUCGGUGUCAGCGCUUGGGUCGCGACGGUCCCUAGCCGACACGAGUGUGACGAGUACGGCUGACCUGAGCGUGUUCUCGAGCGGGCGCUCGCACGCUAUGGAUAACUCCCUGGACACGCAUUCCAACGUCAGCGAUGACGCUACCGGGUCAGAUGGUUCGGGCAUAUGCGGGUUGAGCAUCCAACGAGCGCCAUCUACCGCGCAUUCGACGCCUCGCGCAACUCCUCACCCGCCUUCCGUGUCACCAGUUUCUGAUGACGUGGUUCGCAUACACGUGACGUACAACCCUCUAGCCGGGAGCCCGCACCUCCAUCCCGUCAGCCCUUCCAAGUACAAAUACGACGAACACCACAAACCAGUCGCCCUAGGUUUCUAUAGCAACGGAUCAACAAACCUCCCAUCAGACAAUAGAAUCCGUAUACAAGUGCCAUCGGAAGAGUUACUGACGCCUGUAGUCGAUUCAGGACGAAUUAUUACGUCUCGAUUCAUAGAAUCUCAUUCGGAUAUCUACGAUCUGAAGUAAACAAUUUCUCUUUUUUGUAAUGGCCAGUUAUUUUUAAUAUUGUAAUUAUAGGUUAUAUUUAAUUCAGUUAUUCUCGCUAUUAGUUGGACACAAAACUUUUGUACAAAGUAGGAUCUGUAUGGAGUAUUUGUAUUUAUUAUUUUAGAUAGAAGCAAUAUUGUUUUAAGAGUGUGGCUUUACACGGAUAGCUUGGGAUUUGUUUAUAGUGAUUCAGUGGGUAUUAGAUUUACGUGUAACACGCAAAAAUCUAUUACGGAUUCAAGUAUUUUGCUGUUUAGCCAGUAUGUCAAGCUGUCCGUCUAAUACCUUUAUCAGCUUUGUUUUACUAUAUACUUUUACUAUACGAUAUUUGUUUUACUGCAGCGCAUAUUAUUUUUAACACUUUAAAAACAAAGUCUAUGCUUUUCUUUGCAAAGUAUUUGCUAACAGUCACCAUUAUUUUUCUAUUAUUUUUUUGUAAGGCGUAUAAUGAAUAUCUCAAUCGUUGAUAUUGAUAUGUUGCUAAUAUGAUAGACAGAUAGAGCAAUGGUACAGUCAGUAACAAAUGUAUCUGUACUCUUUGUAAUAUGAAGAUUUUCUUCUGUUUACUGGUACAGUCAAAACUGUACCAUGUGCAGUUAUUUGACAUGGCAAAAGUUGCACACUCAGUAUUUUUUGUAAGUAUUCGUAGCAAUAGCAAAGAAUAAAACUAAAUGUCGUAGCCUCCGCUAGAUACACUACAAUAGUCAUUAUCAAUAGACAAUAGUUUAAAACAAGUUAUCAGAAACAAUUCACUUAUUUUUUUAUGUUUGAUUAGGGCUUGCAAAAGCCGUUCAAAAAUACAAGAUACGUUUUGACUUCUAGCUUACGGUUUCAUGUAAAUACAUACAAACCAGUAGUGCAGCUGCGGUCGACUUCAUGCAGUCGGCAUGUGCGGUCGGCAGUCGCAGCCGACAGCAAGAGUUCAAAACGUACUUACCUUAAUUCAGAAAGUCGUUAAAUUUAUGUCAAUUGACUGUGAUUAAUCAAUUAUCCAAUUACUAAGUAGUUCAGGUUUUUUUUUAUUAUUUUACAAAAAUAACAAUAAAAGCCACACAUAGACAAUAAUAUAAGGAAUACAUUUACCGUUCACGUUAUAAAAUAAAUGAAGGUUUUAAUAUUGAAGAACCUUAUUUAUACAAAACUUUGCACAUGCUAAGUAAGGUAUUCUAUGUAGGUAUAUGUAUUAUAUAUAUUCUUCUUUUUUUGUACUUACAAACGGAGCUAAUAAAUAUGCUUAUUACGCCUACUAUUAUUCAAUGUUCUGCAAUAAUUUUCAAAGUAAAGAGUCGUAUUCUAAACUUCUGUUACCACGUUAUGUAUGUUCAAGUAUUUUUGAUGUUGGUACGUAGAUUGCUAAAUGUUUUUAGAUUUGUAGAAAAAUUAUGUGUGAAUUAAAUAUUUUGUUAGAAAUAAAGCCAGGGAGAGGCGUCAGUCGUCUCAGUCGAAAUUAUUAUUAAUGUAUAGCAAAAACUGUAAGAAUCUCUAAAAAGUACGGAUUUCUAUGCCUAGAUCUGAUUUUAUGCAAAGAUUUAAAAGAACUUUAGCUAUAAAAAGGUGUUGCCACUUAAGUAAGCUAGAAUAUCUCUGUAAUAUAUCGUAGCUUUGACCACAUUUUUUAUUAUAUAUACUUCUACCGUUCAAAGUAUUUCAAGUUUAUAUAAAUGUAAAUAUAUUAUACUCUUUCUCUUUAAUAAUUUUCUUUUGUAAUCUCUGUUGUCUAAACUGUUAGAUGUAUAGGCAGAGUAAGUGUAGGUUUUAGAUUCCCUUCAAAUAACUAACCUCCAGUGAGAAACGCAAUAAUGUCAGUUAAAUUGUUACUUGAAUAUUUAAUAUAAUAGUUAUAAGAGCAAUACGUAACGUCUGUGUUUUUGGUCAAUAUACAUGUAUAUUAGCAUUAUUGUACACGCUUCGAAGGUAAUAUUGUUGCUAACGUUUUUAAUUGUCAGGUUUUAAUUUUUCAAGUAAAAUUUAUAAAGAUAGGUUUAAAUAGUUCUUUAGUUAAGCUAGUUAAGGUAUUUUUAGUGUCCAUCGACGGCUUGCGCUGAAUACAUGUAUGAUGUAAAUGUUCACUAUAUAUUUAGUUCGAGUCCUUGUGCAUUGUAAAUUAAUAACAAUGAUAUUCUUAAUGGGAUAUUAUGUUAAUAAUAAUUAAAGUAUUCGCGCCAGCCUUGUUAUGACGUUCUAAUAUUCCAUAGCUGUUGAAUGUUUAUGCAGUUCAUAUUUACGCAAUAAUUGAUAUUACAGAUCUUCCAUAUUAUAACAAAAAUUAUUAAUGACGGCGGUUGUUUUUAUAGCAAUUCUAUAAUUCAAGGAUGAAUCUCACAAGAGGCCUGAGACGGCCUUAUUAAAGUUAAUAUAUAUUUCAAGUGUAUUAUAUAUAGGACGAUAAGAUCUGUAAGAUCUUGUAUAUCCUGUGAUAUACCAUUGUUAUCUGGCACCUAAAUAUUACCUUUUGAAAUAAAGAAAUCAGUUCUCAUGACCACGCGCAAUUAUAGAAUUAUAGAUCAGGCGUCCAAAUUAAAGAUCGAUAAACGAUAAUACUCGUGCCAUUUGUAAAUUAAGGAUAUUCAUUUUUUUAGUCACUAUGUUUUUGUAUAUGACUGUACUUCAAAUAAUUUUGUAAAUGCUCUGUAUUUUAGCAUAGAAUUGGCAUUAGUAAUUUAUGUAAGCUUUUAUUUUGGUAUCUAAUAUUAAGGACAAUAGACAGCGAAUAUUCUUAAUAUAUAGUACUUCACUUCCACGUCUUCAUUUUUAUGAUGACUUGAUGACUUACAAAUGCAAUAUUAAUACAUAAUGUCAAUUUGUUUUUAUACUGCAAUAGUGACCUGUAGGAACAAUUGUAUCUGUAUUCGAGAAAAGUAUCUGGACACACA